AGUCGUCAGCAGCCAGUGGGAAUUAAAAAAAUAGAAAAACCAAACUAUUCAAAUUCAUCUCUUUCUUUCCCAAUUCCAAUGACCAAAAUCCGAAUUCUUGAUUUUUCCUAAAUCCCACAAAUCACAUCUGGGUUCCAUUUUUGCCAAUCCGAUGAAACCCAAGUUGUGGCGGCUUUCGUUAUUGGUGUUGGUCUCAGUUUGCUUUUCCAUAGCUGAAUCCAAAUGUAGUAAAGGAUGUGAUUUGGCUUUAGCUUCAUACUACUUUUCGGAGACGAAUCUCACUUUCAUAGCUCAAGUUUUGCAGUCUAACCUUAAUAUCAACCCUAGUACAAUUGUCAGUUACAACAAGCAAACGAUAGCCAAUGAAAACAGUGUUCAAGAUGGUGUAAAAACCCGUGUUCCAUUCCCAUGUGACUGUAUCAACGGCCAGUUUCUAGGUCACAUGUUUGAGUACACGGUUCAUCCAGGGGUUACGUACAUGACGGUGGCACAGGUGUAUUAUGCCAAUCUGACCACAUAUCAGUUGUUGCAACAGUAUAAUAGCUACGACCCCAAUGAUACCAACACCAAUACCAAUACCAAUACCAAGUUGAAUGUCAUGGUCACAUGUUCCUGUGGCAGUAGCUCGGUUUCAAAGGAUUAUGGUUUGUUUAUUACAUACCCGCUUCGGCCAGAGGACACCAUCGAAUCCAUUGCGUCGGCUACGAGUCUUAGUGUGGCGUUGCUGGAGAGUUACAACCCGGGAAAGAAUUUCAGCCAAGGAAGUGGUGUGGUGUAUAUCCCAACCAAAGAUCAAAAUGAUAAUUAUCCACCUCUGGUAUCAAGCACAAGCGGUUUGGCCCUCUCCCACAGAUUAGCAGCCGGAGUUAUUGCUGGCAUAGCUAUGGGAGCUGUAGCUAUUCUGCUGUUACUUGCAACUUGUAUAUAUUUUGGAUGUUACCGAAAGAUGAAGGUGGAGGCAUUGUUGCCCUUUACAGCAUCUGAGGGUCAGCAUGGGCGUGACCCUAGACCUACCAUGGGUAGAAAUGCAAAAUCAACUGGUCCUGCUGGUGAUCCAGAUAAAGCCUUGGGAUUUAUAGGUAUGACUGUGCACAAAUCAGUAGAGUUCUCGUAUGAAGAACUUGCCACAGCUACCAAUGACUUCAGCAUGGCUAGUAAGAUUGGUGAAGGUGGUUUUGGGGCUGUUUAUUAUGCAGAGUUGAGAGGCAAGAAAGCUGCAAUCAAGAAGAUGGAUAUGCAAGCAUCCAAAGAAUUUCUUGCUGAAUUAAAGGUUUUAACAAGUGUUCAUCACUUGAAUCUGGUGUGCUUGAUCGGGUAUUGCAUUCAGGGUUCUCUUUUUUUGGUCUAUGAAUAUGUUGAGAAUGGCAACUUAAAGCAACAUUUGCAUGGCACAUCAGGGAGGGACCCGUUGACAUGGCCUACUAGGAUACAAAUUGCACUUGAUUCAGCCAGAGGUCUUGAAUAUAUCCACGAGCAUACCAUUCCAGUUUAUAUCCAUCGAGAUAUUAAAUCAGCAAAUAUAUUGAUUGACAAGAACUUCCAUGCAAAGGUUGCAGAUUUUGGGUUAGCUAAACUGUCUAAAGUUGGAGGUGUAUCAAGCUCCACACAAGUCAUGGGAACAUUUGGAUACAUGCCACCUGAAUAUGCUUGGGGUGGAGAUGUUUCUCCCAAAGUAGAUGUUUAUGCUUUUGGGGUUGUCCUUUUUGAGCUUAUUUCUGCCAAGGAAGCAUUGCUUAAGGCAUAUGAUUCCACUUCUCAAUUUCAGAGCCUUGUCUCCUUAUUUGAGGAUGUUCUUAAGCAGCCUGAUCCCAGAGAGGCCCUGUGCAAAGUAGUCGACCCUUGUCUUGGAGAUGACUACCCACUUAACUCAGUCUGGACGGUGGCUCAGCUUGCCAAAGCAUGCACACAAGAGGAUCCACAACUACGUCCAAGUAUGAGAUCUAUAGUGGUUGCCUUAAUGCAGGACAAGCCAACACUUUGACAGAAAAAUUAAACAAUAACAAAAAUUAAUGAUAGAAACCUAGGAAUCAGUAUCAAGUUUUGCUUGGAAGGCUUUGUUUGUUUGAGGAUGGAAAAAUAGGGGAUAAAAAAUGGUAAGAGGAUGAAAAAGUGGGAGGAUAGGAAAAAAAAAAAAAAAAGUUCUCUCUCGUUUGUUUGGUUGGGGGUAGAAAAGUGGAGAGAUAAAAAAUUCUUUUAUUUGGUUAAGAAGAAAAAUAAGAUUAUAGACAAUAGAAUUUGUAUAAAUUUACUUUAAUGCCUUUAUUACAUAAAUUUUUAAAAA